CUGGUGUUUGCGGAUGCUAUAUCCGCUCAGAAGAAUAAUCUUCCGGUGAACAAAACGCUUUUUAAAAAAUGAUCGAUGUCGAAUUUCACUCAGUAUUUUCAUUUGUCUCUUCAAUAUCCACAUUACAAAUCAGAUCGACGUUUGAUUCACUGAUGGAGAAUUGAAGCAUUUAUGAAAAAUAUUCUGAUACUAUUCGUUGCACAAUAUGGUUGUUUCAGAGUCAAAUUUAACACAAGCAGUAACUACUGUCAAUGAAUCUGAAUUAUAUCUUACGGGCGUUACAUAUUGCUUAUUGCUCAUGUCCAUUGGCAUCUGUGUGGCUCUUCAAUAUCUACUCCAGGCUACAAAGACUGAUCUACCAUCCACAAAUAAUGCCCACUUUAAAGCAUUUCAAAGAAAAUACUUCGCAGUAUACUUUCUCGCUCUCUUUGGCGAUUGGCUGCAAGGUCCAUACAUCUAUAAACUAUACAGUCAUUAUGGUUUCACCAAUUCCCAAAUAGCUGUCCUGUAUGUUGUUGGAUUUUCAGCUAGUGUGCUAUUUGGUACCGGCACUGGAGCUCUAGCUGACAAAUUUGGACGAAAAAAGAUGUGCAUGGUUUUCUGCAUCUCCUAUUCUUUAUGUUGCUUUUUGAAGAUAUUUCCCAAUUACAACAUUUUGCUUUUAGGACGUUUGCUGGGGGGAGUAUCCACUUCGUUGUUGUUUUCCGUUUUCGAAUCGUGGUACGUUUACGAACACAUGCUGACGUAUGACUUUCCCCAGGAGUGGAUUUCCAUCACAUUUGCCCAAGCCACCUUCUGGAACGGAGUGUUGGCUAUCGUAGCUGGAAUAUUGGCGAAUUUCACCUCGGAAUCCUUGAAAUUGGGACCCAUUUCGCCAUUUGUGCUUGCAAUACCUUUCUUCAUCAUCAGCUGCUUCAUCAUUUCUAAAGCGUGGAAUGAAAACUACGGUAGGAGCCAGAAGAGCUCUCGAAACCCAUGUUUCGAAGGGUUAAGUGUGAUCCUGGGCAACAGCUUGAUCUUCAUGGUUGGCAUCGUGCAAUCGUUGUUCGAAAGUGUGAUGUAUGUGUUUGUGUUCCUUUGGACUCCGAUUCUGGAUUCGCAGCACCCUCCUUUGGGGCUCGUGUUUUCGGUGUUCAUGGUCUGCAUCAUGAUAGGUUCGUCUCUUUAUCAGUUGGCCUUGUACAGAAAAUACGAACCUCAGCGGAUGUUGCUUCUGGCCAUUUUGAUCGCAACUGUUUCACAGUGUGGAAGCGCUCUGGCUACCAGUUUUCCAGAAACGAAUGUCUUCGUUGCCUAUGCCUCGUUUCUGCUGUUGGAGGUGGCUGUUGGCAUUUACUUCCCCGCAAUAGGAUACAUCAAGAGUGAAUGCAUCCCAGAGUCCCAUCGAGCCAACAUCAUGAACUGGUUUAGAGUUCCUCUGAACAUCAUCACUUGCAUAAUUCUUUUAUCCCUGCACGGAGAAGUCAAUUCCAGUGGCAAUUGUGUCAUCUUCAUUCUAUGCUCUGGCAUGAUGCUGUGCUGUAGUUUCAUCAUGCUGAAAAUUAUAAAAAUUCUGCCCUUUGUUAACAGAAUAGGUGAACAAAUUUGCUGAAGAUGCUGUAGGAUCAAAUGACAAUAAAUAUAUUUUUCCAAAAAUAUGAAUAUUGUCACUUGCACAAUUCUUUUAUCCCUGCACGGAGAAGUCAAUUUCAGUCGCAACUUUGUCAUCUUCAUUCCAUGCUCUGGCAUGGUGCUGUGCUGUAGUUUCAUCAUGCUGAAAAUUAUAAGAACUCUGCCCUUUGUUAACAGAAUAGGUGAACAAAUUUGCUGAAGAAGCUAUAAGAUCAAAUGACAAUAAAUAUAUUUUUCCAUAAAUAUGAAUACCGUCACUUGCACAAUUCUUUUAUCCCUGCACGGAUAAGUCAAUUUCAGUGGCAAUUUUGUCAUCUUCAUUCUAUGUUCUGGCAUGAUGCUGUGCUGUAGUUUCAUCAUGCUGAAAAUUAUAAAAAUUCUGCCCUUUGUUAACAGAAUAGGUGAACAAAUUUGCUGAAGAUGCUGUAGGAUCAAAUGACAAUAAAUAUAUUUUUCCAAAAAUAUGAAUACCGUCACUUGCACAAUUCUUUUAUCCCUGCACGGAUAAGUCAAUUUCAGU